UCUGCUGGCCUCUCUCCUUCGCUGGUUUGGGCGGCGGCGGCGGCAACUGGGGACGGGGCGGGUGGCGCAUCACGGGUGCGGAGGCAGGAGCAGCAGUCUCAUUGUUCCAGGAGCCGUCGCCUCUGCAGGUCCCUCGGCUCGUUCCGCCCUGCCCCUUUCGGUCCUCCCCAACCCCCACAACUGCCCGUGGCUCUAAAGAAAAGCGCUCCGGGCGGCAGCGACAGCUGCAGCAUCAUCUCCGACCUGCCAGCCAUGGAAGACAUGGACCAGUCGUCUCUGGUCUCCUCGUCCUCGGACAACCAGCCCCGGCCUCAGCCCACGUUCAAGUACCAGUUCGUGCGGGAUCCGGAGGAGGAGGAAGAGGAGGAGGAAGAGGAAGAAGAUGAGGACGAGGACCUGGAGGAGCUAGAGGUCCUGGAGAGGAAACCCGCUGCUGGGCUGUCGGCCGCCCCAGUGCCCACCGCCCCCGCCGGGCCCCUGCUGGACUUUGGCAAUGACUUUGUGCCCCCGGCGCCCCGGGGGCCCCUGCCAGCCGCGCCCCCGGCCGUCUCGGAGAGGCAGCCGUCUUGGGACACGAGCCCCGUGUCGUCCGCGCCAUCCAUACCCACUGCUGCCGCAGCCUUGCCCUCCAAGCUCCCUGAGGACGACAAGCCUCCGGCCCGGCCUCCCCCUCCUCCCCCGGCCAACGUGAGCCCCCAAGCCGAGCCCGCGUGGACCCCGCCAGCCCCGGCCCCCGCCGCGCCCCCCUCCACCCCGGCCGCGCCCAAGCGCAGGGGCUCUUUAGGCUCAGUGGAUGAGACACUUUUUGCUCUUCCUGCUGCAUCUGAGCCUGUGAUACACUCCUCUGCAGAAAAAAUUAUGGACUUGAAGGAGCAGCCAGGUAACACUGUUUCCGCUGGUCAAGAGGAUUUCCCAUCUGUCCUGCUUGAAUCUGCUGCUCCUCUUCCUUCUCUGUCUCCCCUCUCCACUGCUUCUUUUAAAGAACAUGAAUACCUUGGUAAUUUACCAGCAGGAUUAUCCACCAAAAGAACAAUUCAAGAAACUUCAAAGGAAGCUUCUAAAGAGUUCCCAGAAAAGGCAAAAAAUCCAUUUGUAGACAAAGAUUUCACAGAGUUUUCAGAAUUGGAAUACUCAGUAAUGGAAUCAUCGUUCAGUGCCUCUCCAAAAGCAGAACCUGCCACCACGGUAGCAAACCCUAGGGAAGAAAUAAUUGUGAAGAAUAAAGAUGAAGAGGCGGAUUUAGUUAGUAAUAACAUCCUCCGUAAGCAACAAGAGUCACCUAUAGCUCUUACUAACUUCGUUAAAGAAGAGAACAAAAUUGUGUCUCCAGAAAAAACAAAGGACAGUUUUAAUGAAAAGGGACUUGCAGCAGGGGCUCAUUUGAGAGAGGAGUAUGCAGACUUCAAACCCUUUGAGCAGGCCUGGGGAGUGAAAGGUGCUAAUAAGCAAUAUAGUGAUGCGCUGGCUACUGCAGAUGAGAUAGAGAGCAAGUUGGAGAGUAAAGUGGAUAAGAAGCGUUUUGGUGACAGUGUUGACCAACCACAUCGUGAAAGAGAUAGUGAGAGCAGCAAUGAUGAUACUUCUUUUCCCAGUACACCUGAAGCCGUGAAGGAUGGUUCAGGAGCAUACAUCACGUGUGCCCCCUUCAACCCAACAGCAACCGAAAGCAUUUCAACAAACAUUUUUCCUAUGUUGGAAGACCAUACUUCAGAAAAUAAGACAGAUGAAAAAAAAAUAGAAGAAAAGAAGGCCCAGAUUGGAACAGAGAAGAAUAGUGGUGCCAAGUCAUUAAACCCUUUCCUGAUAGCAACUCAGGGUUCUGAGGCAGAUUAUGUCACAAGAGAUGAUUUAUCGAAGGUGCCUGGGGAGGUGGUGGCAAGCAUGCCUGAAGGUCUGACCCCAGACUUAGUACAGGGAGCAUGUGAAAGCGAAUUGAAUGAAGCUACAGGUACAAAGAUCGCUUUUGAAACAAAAAUGGACUUGGUUCAAACAUCAGAAGCUGUGCAGGAGUCACUGUACCCUGUAGCACAGCUUUGCCCAACAUUCGAAGAAUCCGAAGCUACUCCUUCACCGGUUUUGCCUGACAUUGUUAUGGAAGCACCGGUGAAUUCUGUAGUUCCUGCUGCUGGUGCUUCUGCAGUGCAGCCCAGCUCCUCACCAUUAGAAGCUCCUCUUUCAGUUAAUUAUGAAAGCGUAAAACUUGAGCCCGAAAAUCCACCACCAUAUGAAGAGGCCAUGAAUGUGUCCCUGAAAAUCAAGAAAGUAUCAGGAACAAAGGAAGAAGUUAAAGAGCCCGAAAGUAUUACUGUAGGUGUUCAAGAAACAGAAGCUCCUUAUAUAUCGAUUGCAUGUGAUCUAAUUAAAGGAACAAAGGUCUCUACUGAAACGACCGCAGAUUUCUCUAACCAUUCAGAAAUAGCAAAGGCUGCACAGCCGGGUCCUGACCAUUCUGAGCCAGGUGAAGAUUCCUCACCUGAUUCUGAGCCAGUUGACUUAUUUAGUGAUGAUUCAAUACCUGAAGUUCCACAAAAACAAGAUGAAGCUGUGAUACUUGUAAAGGAAAAUCUCAUUGAAACUGCACCUGAGUUAAUGUUAGAACAGGCAAAUAAGGAAAAACUCAGUGCUUCACCACCACCCCCUAAGGGGGGAAAGCCGUAUUUGGAAUCCUUUCAGCCUAAUUUAGAUGCCACAAAAGGUACCUCAUCACCUGGUGAAGUUCCAACAUUGACCCAAAAGGAGAAAACUCCUUUGCAGAUGGAGGAGCUCAGUACUGCAGUUUCUUCAAAUGAUGGCUUAUUUAUUGCUCAGGAAGCAAAAAUAAGAGAGAGUGAAACAUUUUCAGAUUCGUCUCCAAUUGAGAUCAUAGACGAGUUCCCCACAUUUGUCAGUUCUAGAACUGAUUCCUCUAAGUUAGUGAGGGAAUACACUGACCUAGAAGUGGCCCACGAAGGUGAGACUGCGAACGCCGAGGGUGGAGCUGGGCCAUUGCCUUGCUCAGAAUUACCGCGCGACCUUUUUUUCAAGAAUGUACAACGUAAAGGUGAAGAUGAAGCCCAUGUCCCAGAUGAAGUCUCCAAAGAUAGGUCUGAUAUCUCAAAGGUACCCUUGCUGCCUCCAGCGGUUCCUGCUUUGGCCACUCAAACAGAGAUAGGCGAUGUGGUUAAACCCAAAGUUCUUGUGAAAGAAGCUGAGAAAAAACUUCCUUCGGGUACAGAAAAAGAGAACAGAUCACCAUCUGCUAUAUUUUCAGCAGAGCUGAGUAAAACUUCAGUUGUUGACCUCCUCUACUGGAGAGACAUUAAGAAGACUGGAGUGGUGUUUGGUGCCAGCUUGUUCCUGCUGCUUUCGUUGACAGUGUUCAGCAUUGUGAGUGUAACGGCCUACAUUGCCCUGGCCCUGCUCUCGGUGACUAUCAGCUUUAGGGUGUAUAAGGGUGUGAUCCAGGCCAUCCAGAAGUCAGAUGAAGGCCACCCGUUCAGGGCGUACCUGGAAUCCGACGUGGCGCUGUCCGAGGAGCUGGUUCAGAAGUACAGCAACUCUGCCCUGGGCCACGUGAACUACACGAUCAGGGAACUCAGGCGCCUCUUCUUGGUGGACGAUUUAGUUGAUUCUCUGAAGUUUGCGGUGCUGAUGUGGGUAUUUACGUACGUUGGUGCCUUGUUCAAUGGCCUGACACUACUGAUUUUGGCUCUGAUUUCACUCUUCAGCGUUCCUGUUAUUUAUGAACGGCAUCAGGCACAGAUAGAUCAUUAUCUAGGACUUGCAAAUAAAAAUGUCAAAGAUGCUAUGGCUAAAAUCCAAGCAAAAAUCCCUGGAUUGAAGCGCAAAAAUGAGUGAAAAAAAAGCCUGAAAUAAUUAACAGUAGGAGUUUAUCUUUAAAGGGGGUCUUCACGUGAUUUCAUGGGGGAGGGUUGGGGAGAACAGCACCUGGACAAUGCGGCUUCGCAGAUCUUACUUUCAGGGCGCAGCGUCCGGGGAGACGUGCCUCUCUGGACCGCCGCUUGCUCUUCACCUUAAGUAUUGUGAGCUGCUACGUGUGGAUUUGAACCGUAAUCGUACUUGUUUCUCCUAUAAGAGGCACUGGUGAAUAAAACAAGAUCUGAGAAAGCUGUGUAUCAUACUUUGUUGCAGGUAGUCUUGCUGUAUUUGGGGAAUUACAGAGAAAGUGGAGCUGAAAAAAAAAAUAACCCUUUUCACAGUUCGUGCGCUGUGUAUGGUCUGUGUAGAGUGAUGCAGAUUUUCUGAAAUGUUUAGACGAGAUCAUACCACUAAAGCAGAAGUGAAGAGGCUUGCCUUUCUGGUAUGUUCUAGGUGUAUUGUGAAUUUUACUGUUAUAUUAAUUGCCAAUAUAAGUAAAUAUAGAUUAUAUAUAUAUCUAUAUAUAGUGUUUUACAAAGCUUAGACCUUUACUUUCCAGCUUCCCCACAGUGCUUGAUAUUUCAGAGUCAUUGGUUACAUGUGUGUAACACGUUUCAAAUACAUAGCAGAAAAAAUAUAUUUCUAGGAGAACUACCAUCUGUUUCCAAUGUGAAAUGAUGCCAUGCACAGAGAACUCACCAUUUAAACUUCUUGCACAGACUCACCGUAGUUAAUUCUGUCACAAACUCUGAAUCUGUGGACUGAAUCUAAUGCUUCCAAAAAUAUUGUUUGCAAAUAUCAAACAUUGUUAUGCAAGAAAUUAUAAAAUGAAGAUUUAUACAAUUGUGGUUUAAGCUGUACUGAACUAAAUCUGUGGAAUGCAUUGUGAACUGUAAAAGCGAAGUAUCAAUAAAGCUUAUAGACUUAAAAGA